AUGGAGAUUGCAAGAGAAUUUGGAGCAUUGUUGUUCCUUGCAUUGGUGUUUCGCCCAUUGGUGGUUCUCGGGCUAAAUGAUUUUGAGGAAAGAAACGGAGUGGCUCAUUUUAACACUACUAAAAAUGAUGUGCAUUCAAGUGGAAGCCACAACGUUGAGGAUGAUAUAAGAGAAGGAAGAACAAACUCAACUUAUACAGAUGCUUUAGUCGAACACAAUAGUGAUUUGAACAACGGUGGAAGAGGAGGAGGUGGUGGUGGAAGUGGAGUCGGGAAAGGUGGUGAUAGCGGUCAUGGAAAAGAAAUAGGUAAGCCACACCAAAGGAAAGGAGGAAAGCCUAGCAGUGGCGGUCGAGGAGGCGGUGGCAAUGGUGGUGGUAGAGGAGGUGCUAGCAGUGGUGGUGGAGGUGGUGGAGGAGGAGGAGGCGGUGGCGGUGGUGGGGGAAAUGGUGGAGGUGGAGGCGGCGGGAGUGGUGGAGGUGGAGGUGGAGGAGGAGGAGGAGGAGGUCAAGGGGGAGGUUGGGGUUGGGGAGGAGGAGGUGGUGGAGGGGGCAACCAAGGAGAUUGUUUGCCAUGGGGAUGUGGUGGCCACCCAAGAAAAUCAAUUGGGGCAAGAUCAGUUAGUCCUCCCUGA